AUGAUCCAAGAGCAGAGGCUGCUUCAAUUUGAUCUUACAAAAGCCAAUUGGGAAGACCCCAGCGUAAAGUCUCAAAAAAUAGCUGGAAAUGUUGUGUUUGAAAAUUCGGUUCAAAAUUUUUUUUUAAUUUUUUUUUUUUAAUUUUUUUAAAAAAAUAUUUUUUUAAUUUUUUUAAAAAAUUCUAUCGAUGGAGGGAUUCAGUAUGAUGAUCCACCUCAAAGAAGUCCUGGUAAGACUGUUAAUGAUAGCUUUAAAUCUUAUGAUAUGAAUGAGAGCUUUGCCAGCAUAAGAGAACCAUCAGUGCUAAUUCAAGAAUAUCCUCAGCUGCCAACAAUUAAUGAGCUUGAACAGUUAGAAGAUCAAAAGAAGAGCCUUUCUAACAGAAGCACAGAGCUGACCAAACAAAUUGACAAGCUUGAAAGAGAUAUUGAAAAUGCAAAUCAUAAAUUAAAAUUCGCCCAAGAGACUGAGCUGUUUUAUAGCCCAACUGGAGAAGGACAAUGCACAAUUAAACAUCUCUUUAUUACACUUAUUAUUGGGUUUAUAAUUGGCUAUGUGUUUUUGGGAUAA